GUGCCGUCAUACUCCUUGUCAUCGACCUUGUGACCGGUGCUUGAGAUGCUCUGCUCAUCGUCGCGGCGCGAGUGCAAGAAGCGUAAAGCCACUUGACAGCUGGCGUGGAUGAGUGACCCGUUUUAGGAAGGUGCUGUGGUUUGAUGUGCCACUUUUGUCACAAUCUGUCCGACUCUGUCGUACAUAACGGUAUUUCAUGAUGCUGGCACUUGUCAUUUUCUGUUCUUCGCAUGGUACAACAUUUUUAUGUGUGGUUCGUCCGUUGUGGCGCCAUUUCAUUCGAUGGUCAUCCUACUUCGGCUACUUAAACCCAUCCCCCCACAAUAAGAAAUUUACCACACGGUCAGCACGAGUUCAAUCCGGUAGAAUUUGGACCAGAAGGGAAGUCCAGACACAGUCCACAUGUGCGCUGUGGCUGCCCUAUCCGCUAUUUUCGCUGUUGCCAAUUGUGGGUUUCAAUACUGGGUUCCGAUUGUGGACCAUUCAAGGAUUGUUUAUGUGUGUUCUUCGGAUGGGCUCGAGGCUUUGGUUGAGGGUUCCGCAAAGUAAUUAAGUUCAUAUGCGGCCUCGUGAUGCACACACGCAUGUGCAUUCGUUCCUAGGUGGUCUCGUCCCCAUGAACUCACAGGGACUCGCCCUCGAUUCGCCUGUU